AUGCGUGCUGCCGCUCGUGAAUGCCUAGGCCUAAUAUUGGCCGCCACGGCCGUGGCUAACCCACUCGACCGCCGUCAAUCAACAACGGCCAUCGUGAACUUCGGCAACAACACCGGAACUCCACAGCACCUCGCCUCCGGUACCCUGUAUGGCUUGCCUGAUGUCGUGUCGCAGAUUCCUGACCACUUUUUCACCGACAUUGGCUGGAAUUAUGAGCGAGCCGGAGGUGCUCAGACGUCUGGAAAGGGUUGGAUCGCCGGACUGACUGCGUACAAGCAACGAUUCGCCACCGUGGUCGCCAACUACAAGACCACCAUAGCCCACGGCGGCACCUUCAUCCUGCUGAUCCAUGAUCUGUGGGGCGCGGAUGGUACCCAGAGCUCGUCUGCAGCAUACCCUGGUGACAAUGGCGACUGGAGCAGCUGGGAUAAUUACCUUACUCAGCUCUUCUCGGAUCUGGCCGCCAAUAGUAUGACCACAAAACUGGUGGUCGAUAUCUGGAAUGAGCCCGACCUCUCUGCUUUCUGGGGUCGAACCCAGGAUCAGUAUUUGCAGAUGUGGGGACGCACAUACUACAAAUUCCGUGCCCAAUAUGGAACUAAUGUCCUCCUGUCCGGCCCUGCCUCGGCCGGUGAGCCCCUGACUUCGAAUUCCUGGUGGCAAGCCUGGGCCUCUUUCGCAGCUAGCAACAAAAGUGUCCCCGAUCAGUAUGCAUGGCACAUGGAGGGCGGUGGCGGAGAUCUGAUCUCUGCCUAUGGCGGCCUCGUUGCUACUCAGAAGAAGUACGGCCUCGCCUCCAAGCCCGUGAACAUAAACGAGUACGCCACCUUCAACGAGCAAGUCCCCUCCGGGUCCGCGUGGUGGAUCUCUCAACUUGAGCGCAUCAACGCUCACGGCCUGCGCGGCAACUGGCUCAGCGGCAGCAACCUGCAUGACUACCUGGCCUCGCUCUUGGGCAGGACCGGAACUACCACCGGAUACUACCCCAACGGCGACUACCAGGUCUACAAGUACUACUACCAGAACAUGACCGGCCACCGCGUCGGCACUACUCCUUCAACCGACCUGAAGCUCGACGCCUACGCGACCGUCGGAUCGAGCUCGGCCAUCGUCCUGGUCGGAGUGCGCAUCUCCACCGGCACCUGGACUUUGCAGCUUAACGACCUGUCCGCCCUCGGCCUUCCCACUUCGGGGACCCUCAAUGUCCAGACUUGGGGCUUCCCAGUCGCCUCUGACGUCCACUACGGCGAGGUCGAUGGCCCGACGAACCUCGGCGUCUACGGCCAUGCAUACAGCGGUAACACUGUUAGUUUCCCCGUAUAUCAAACCGAUGCUACAACUGCGUAUGCCUUCCAGUUCUCCAUCUAA